AUGGCUGCUGCAAUUGCCAGCUCCCUGAUUAGACAGAAGAGACAAGCUCGGGAGAGGGAAAAAUCCAAUGCUUGUAAAUGUGUUAACAGCCCCAGCAAAGGCAAAGGAAACUGUGAAAAAAAUAAACUCAAUGUCUUCUCUCGGGUCAAACUGUUCGGUUCUAAAAAGAGGAGACGACGACGACCAGAACCUCAACUCAAAGGUAUAGUCACUAAACUGUACAGCAGGCAAGGCUUCCACUUGCAGCUUCAGGCAGAUGGCACAAUUGAUGGAACAAAGGAGGAGGAAAGCAGUUACACUUUGUUUAACCUCAUACCAGUUGGCCUACGAGUGGUGGCUAUUCAAGGCGUUCAAACAAAAUUAUAUCUGGCAAUGAACAGUGAUGGGUACUUAUACACAUCAGUAAGUACUUUUUAUAGUUGA